AUGUCAAAACAAAGGUUGGAAGGUAAGGUUGCCAUAGUGACAGGAGCAGCAAGCGGCAUAGGAGCAGAGGCAGUGAAGACAUUUGCCGACAGCGGAGCAUUUGUAGUUAUGGCAGACAUCAACGACGAAUUGGGUCACCAACUCGCAGCUUCGAUUGGCUUAGACAAAGUGAGUUACCACCACUGUGACGUGAGAGAUGAAAAACAAGUUGAACAAACUGUAUCCUUCACCUUAGAGAAAUAUGGCACCUUAGACAUCAUGUUCAGCAACGCUGGAAUUCCAGGUCCUUUGUCUAGCAUACUAGAAUUCGAUUUGAACGAAUUCGACAACACCAUGGCUGUAAAUAUUCGAGGCGCGGCUGCAGCUAUCAAGCAUACUGCACGUGUCAUGGUGGAUCGAAAAAUCCGAGGAUCGAUUAUCUGUACUGCUAGUGCGGCUGCCUCUGUUGCUGGAAGUGCUGGCCAUGAUUAUGUGACAUCCAAACAUGGUCUUGUAGGACUUGUAUGUUCAACAUGCGGUGAACUUGGAGCUUAUGGGAUUAGAGUGAACUCUAUUUCACCGUAUUUAGUUGCCACACCUCUUGUAUGUAAAGCACUGAAGAUGGAGGUGAGUGAAGUUGAAGCUGAUGCAAAUGAUUGUGGUAAUUUGAAAGGAGUUACAUUGAAGGCUAAGCAUAUUGCAGAAGCUGCUUUGUUUCUUGCUUCUGAUGAAUCUGCUUAUAUCAGUGGACACAACUUGGUGGUUGACGGUGGCUUCUCUGUCAUUAAUACUUCUUUUCCUAGUAUUAUCAAGAACUAG